AUGGCACGAAAAGGAAAUCCGAUUUCGGUAAGACUUGAUCUGAAUCGUAGUUCGGAUUCAAGUUGGUUUAGUGAUUAUUAUUAUGGUAAAUUAGUAUAUCAAGAUAUCAAUCUGAGAUCUUAUUUUGGUUCGAUACGUCCACCUACGAGACUUACCUUUGGCUUUCGCCUCGGUAGGUGUAUUAUUAUACAUUUUCAAAAAAGAACAUUCAUUAAUUUCUUUCUUCCUCGUCGACCACAACGACGGAAACGACGCACAAAAUCCAGACCCGGAAAGAAGAAGGGCCGGUGGUGGGAAUUGGGGAAAGUCGGGCCAAUCGAGUGUCUUUAUUCAAGCGAGGGUAGAAAAGAAGAACGAAACGAAGUGAGAGGCCGAAGGGCCGGGAAAAGAGUCGGGUCGAUCAGGCUCGACGACCAGAAAAAGCAAAACGAAAUCAGGGUUUGGCCAAAAAAGAAGCAACGCUAUGGAUACCAUGACCGAUCACCAUCGAUAAAGAAGAAUCUUUCUAAAUCACUUCGGGUCAGCGGGGCCUUCAAGCAUCCGAAAUACGCCGAGGUUGUAAAUGACAUAGCCUUUCUGAUAGAAAAUGAUGAUUCCUUCAAAAAAACGAAGUUAUUCAAGUUCUUUUUCCCCAAGAAGUCCCGCUACGACGGCCCGACAAGACAUCUACUUAAAAGGACCCUCCCUUCAGCGCGCCCUUCCUUGAAUUAUUCGGUCAUGCAAUACUUAUUGCAUACAAAGAACAAAAUUCAUUUCGAUCCCGUCCUAGUUCUCAAUCAUUUCGUGGCACCGGGCGUGGUUGAGCCAUCCACGAUGAAGAGAGCUAAUACGCAGGGAAGACGCUUAGAUAAGAGAAUACGUUCUCGCAUCGCUUUUUUUUUGGAAAGCUCGACCAGCGAUAAAAAGUGUUUGGCCGAAGCCAAAAAGAGGUUGACCCACUUCAUUCGCCAAGCGAAUGAUCUUCGCUUCGCGGGAAGAAGAAAAACCGCCAUCUCGCUCUUUCCUUUCUUCGGUGCUACCUUUUUCUUUCCAAGGGAUGGAGUUAGAGUUUAUAAAGCCCUCUUUUUUAAAGAUGCCCGGGAACAACUCCUAGGUCAAUUAAGGAGAAAAUGUUGGAACCUCUUGGGUAAGGAUAAGGUAAUCAAAUUGAUAGAAAAAUUCAUAGAUCUAGGUGGGAUAAGAGAAUUGAUAAAGGGAAUAGAGAUGAUGAUAGAGAUCAUACUGAAAAACAGAAGAAUUCCUUACGGGUAUAACUCUUAUUUGAACGAAGUGAAAAAAAUGCGAUCUUUGUUGUCUAAUAGAACAAACACUAAUACCUUAAUUGAAUCGGUCAAGAUCAAAUCUGUUUAUCAAAGUGCUUCUUCGAUUGCUCAAGACAUAUCUUUUCAACCGAAAAAGAAAAGAGGAUCAUUUCGUUCUAUUUUUAGUAAAAUAGUGAAAAAGAUUCCAUUAGUAAUGAAAAAGGGGGUAGAGGGGAUCCGUAUAUGUUGUUCAGGUCGAUUAGAAGGUGCAGAAAUUGCUAGAACUGAAUGCGGAAAGUAUGGAAAAACAUCCUGUAAUGUAUUACACCAGAAAAUUGAUUAUGCUUCUGCGGAAGUAUCUACUCGUUACGGAAUCGUAGGUGUCAAAGUGUGGAUUUCUUAUAGUAAAAAAGAAAAAGGACGUGCUAUAUCCGAAACGUAA